UCUUCCGAGCCGCUGAAGCAUUCGCCGCCGAUCGCCCGGAGGUGCGGGAGCCCGUGCGACCCGGGCGCGGGGACUCGGGGCAGGGGAGGGACCAAAGGGCUCCCCUACGGCCCCAGCCGCCGCGCCGCGGACUCCAGAAGGUGAUCAUUCCGCUCUCCCGCCCCUUUCCCUCCCCCCGACUUAACUUUUUGUCUCAGCUCGUCGGCCGCCAGGUCUCCUUUCCGCAUACCCACCCGCGGCCGUGCCAUCCGCCCGGGGCAUGGGCCCCCCGACCAGGCUCCAGGAGGCGCCGCGGCCUCACAAGACGUGAGAGGCCCGCUUGGGUAGAUUCCGAGGUUCCGGAAAGCAGCGGAGAGCUCCCAGCCAGCGCCCGCGCGCCUGGCCGGGUGGCGGUGAGCGCUGCGCCCCGCGCGCGGUGCAGAACGUCCCGGAGCGCCGGAGCCGCGGCUGAAGCGAGUAGCUGGCCCGAGGCGCGCGGCGGAGCAGGCUGUCAUGCCCUAUUGAUCCCCCCGCCCCCCGCCAAGUAUGUUUGGGCUGGACCAGUUCGAGCCCCAGAUCAACAGCCGGCACGCUGGCCAGGGCGAGGGGAACUUUAACGAAGCCGGACUGAACAUGAACGCCCACUUUAAGGCUCCUGCUUUCCACGCCGGCCCCCCUCCUGGCCCUGUGGACCCUGCCAUAAGCGCUCUGGGUGAACCCCCGAUCUUGGGUUUGAACAUGGAGCCCUACGGCUUCCACGCGCGCGGCCACUCCGAGCUGCACGCAGGGGGGCUGCAGGCGCAGCCUGUGCAUGGCUUCUUCGGUGGCCAGCAGCCUCACCAUAGCCACCCCGGAGGCCACCACCCGCACCAGCAUCACCCCCACUUCGGGGGCAACUUCGGUGGUCCGGACCCAGGUGCCUCGUGUCUGCACGGGGGCCGGCUGCUUGGCUACGGAGGUGCAGCGGGCGGCCUGGGCAGCCAGCCGCCCUUCGCAGAGAGUUAUGAGCACAUGGCGGAGAGCCAGGGGCCAGAGGGCUUCGGCCCGCAGCGGCCAGGAAACCUCCCGGACUUCCACAGUUCGGGCACCUCGGGCCACGCCGUGCCUGCCCCGUGCCUGCCGCUGGACCAGAGCCCUAACCGGGCCGCCUCUUUCCACGGCCUGCCCGCCUCCAGCGGCUCGGAUUCUCACAGUCUGGAGCCCCGGAGGGUGACGAACCAAGGAGCUGUAGAUUCGCUGGAAUACAAUUACCCGGGCGAGCCGCCCUCAGGACAUUUUGACAUGUUUUCGCCCUCUGACUCCGAAGGGCAGCUGCCACAUUAUGCGGCUGGUCGCCAGGUUCCCGGGGGCGCCUUCCCGGGUGCUUCAGCCUUGCCCAGGGCCGCGGGCAUGGUGGGUUUGUCCAAAAUGCACGGCCAGCCACCGCAGCCUCCGCCACAACAGCAGCAACCUCAGCACGGAGUAUUCUUCGAGAGGUUUGGCGGGGCCCGGAAGAUGCCUGUGGGUCUGGAGCCUACGGUGGGCUCCCGGCACCCCUUAAUGCAGCCUCCCCAGCAGGCCCCACCACCCCCGCAGCAGCAGCAGCCCCCACAGCAGCAGCCGCCGCCGCCACCACCCGGGCUUCUGGUCCGACAGAAUUCCUGCCCUCCUGCUCUCCCGCGGCCCCAGCAGGGCGAAGCUGGCACACCCAGCGGCGGCCUGCAGGACGGGGGCCCCAUGCUGCCCAGCCAGCACGCGCAGUUCGAGUACCCCAUCCACCGGCUAGAGAACCGGAGCAUGCACCCGUAUUCUGAGCCCGUUUUCAGCAUGCAGCAUCCCCCUCCUCAGCAGGCGCCCAACCAGAGGCUGCAGCAUUUCGACGCGCCCCCCUACAUGAACGUGGCCAAGAGGCCGCGCUUUGACUUCCCGGGCAGCGCAGGCGUGGACCGUUGUGCCUCGUGGAAUGGCAGCAUGCACAACGGCGCCCUGGACAACCAACUCUCUCCCUCUGCCUACCCAGGCCUUCCCGGCGAGUUCACACCGCCUGUGCCGGACAGCUUCCCCUCGGGACCGCCCUUGCAGCACCCAGGUCCCGACCACCAGUCUCUGCAGCAGCAGCAGCAGCAACAACAACAGCAGCAGCAGCAACAGCAACAGCAGCAGCAACAACAGCAACGCCAGAACGCGGCCCUCAUAAUUAAACAGAUGGCGUCUCGGAACCAGCAGCAGCGGUUACGACAGCCCAACCUAGCCCAGCUAGGCCAUCCUGGGGACGUGGGCCAGGGCGGCCUGGUCCACGGAGGUUCGGUGAGCGGCUUGGCUCAGACGAACUUUGAACGCGAAGGCAGCAGCGCGGGUGCGGGGCGCCUGGGCGGCUUCGAGCAGCAGGCGCCCCACCUAGCGCAGGAGAGCGCGUGGUUCCCGGGUCCACACCCACCCGGAGACCUGCUGCCCCGGAGGAUGGGCGGCGCGGGGUUGCCGGCAGACUGCGGCCCGCACGACCCUGGCCUGGCACCUCCCCCUGCUCCGGGUGGCUCAGGGGUGCUGUUUCGAGGCUCUCUGCAGGAGCCUCUGAGGAUGCCGGGGGAAGGCCACGUGCCAGCGCUGGCUUCACCCGGGUUGCAGUUUGGGGGCAGCUUGGCUAGCCUAGGCCAGCUGCAGUCGCCUGGGGCCGGUGUGGGACUGCCCAACGCUCCUUCGGAGCGGCGGCCCCAGCCUCCGGACUUCCCUGCCCCCGCUCUCGGGGGCCAGCCAGGCUUUCCAUUUGGCUCAGGGAGCCGGCAGGCCACGCCGCACAGCGCUCCGGGCGUGAACUCGCCCCCGAGCGCGGGCACGGGCAGCGGCAGCUCCGGCGCUGGCGGGGCAGCUUACCCGCCGCAGCCGGAUUUCCAGCCCAGCCAGCGCAACUCGGCCAGUAAACUGGGCGCGCUGUCGUUGGGGUCCUUCAACAAGCCCAGCUCCAAGGACAACCUGUUCGGCCAGAGCUGCCUGGCUGCGCUCUCCACCGCUUGCCAGAACAUGAUCGCCAGCCUGGGUGCUCCCAACCUCAACGUGACUUUCAACAAGAAGAACCCACCCGAGGGGAAGAGGAAACUGAGCCAGAACGAGCCCGACAGCGGGGCCGCAGCCGGCAACCCGGGCUCGGAUUACUUCCCUGGAGGGACUGCUGGGGCCCCUGGACCCGGAGGCCCUUCCGGGGCCAGUGGCGGCGGCUCUAAAUCCUCAGGACCGCCCAACCCACCCAUCCAGGGGGAUGGCACCAGUCUCUCCCCCAAUUAUACCUUGGAGUCAACAUCGGGGAACGAUGGCAAGCCUGUCCCAGGGGGCGGUGGCCGGGGAAGGGGACGCAGAAAAAGGGACAGCGGUCACGUGAGCCCCGGGACCUUCUUCGACAAGUACUCCACAGUUCCUGACAGUGGGGGUGCACCAGGGGUGAGCCCCGGGCAGCAGCAGGUUCCCAGCUCCGCGGCUGCUGCUGCGGGAAGCUCAGUGAACGAGGCCCGCGGGCCCACGCCCCACGAGAAGGCCCUCACGUCGCCGUCGUGGGGGAAGGGAGCCGAGCUGCUCCUCGGGGACCAGCCAGACCUCAUGGCGUCCCUGGACAGCACAGCCAAAUCGGACGGCAGUUCCCCGCACGUGGGCGAGUUCGCCUCCGAUGAGGUGAGCACAAGUUAUGCAGCCAACGAGGACGAAGUGUCCUCCAGUUCCGAUAACACCGCCGCCCUGGCCAAAGCCAGCCGCAGCCCCCUGGUCACCAGCUCACCCAAACUCCCUCCUCGAGGGGUGGGUGCUGGGGAACACGCACCGAAGGCUCCCGCCCUCGGCCUGGGUAUCCUGUCUACCUCUACCUCGACCCCUGACAGCUACGGUGGUGGCGUGGGCACCGGCCACCCUGGCACUCCAGGCCUGGAGCAGGUCCGGACCCCGACCAGCAGCAGCAGCAGCAGCAGCAGCAGCAGCAGCAGCGGUGCACCGCCCCCCGACGAGAUCCAUCCCCUGGAGAUCCUCCAGGCCCAGAUCCAGCUGCAGAGACAGCAGUUCAGCAUCUCGGAGGACCAGCCCCCCCUGGGGCUCAAGGGUGGCAAAAAGGCCGAGUGUGCCGUCGUCGGGGCCUCGGGGGCACAGAACGGGGACAGCGAACUGGGCAGCUGCUGCUCCGAGGCCGUCAAGAGCGCCAUGAGCACCAUCGACCUGGACUCUCUGAUGGCAGAGCACAGCACCACCUGGUACAUGCCUCCCGACAAGGCCCUGGUGGACGGUGGCGAUGAGGACAAGACGACGCUGGCACCCUGGGAGAAGGCCAAGCCCCAGAACCCCAACAACAAAGAAGCCCACGACCUCCCUACCAACAAGGCCUCAGCCACCCAGCCCGGCAGUCACCUGCAAUGCCUGAGCGUCCACUGCACAGACGGUGACCCCAAGGCCCGCGCCUCCGUACCCACCUGGCGGUCUCUGCACUCCGACAUCUCCAACCGGUUCGGGACGUUCGUGGCCGCCCUGACUUGAGCCUAUGGGAGUCCCUCCCUGCCCUGCCCACCCGUGAAGGGCCUCUGUGGCUGAGCAGACUCAUGUUU